AUGGAGCUCUCACGGCAGGAAUACCCGGCACUGCUGGCUACUCUACAUCCCAACCAAGCCUCAACUGUCCUUAGCGAUCGCGUCCGAGUCAUCAACAAGAUCAAUUCGGAUAUCGCGGACUUCCUGCAGGAGCGCCGUCGCGUGGAAGAAGCCUAUGCCCAGAGUUUGCGAAAGCUGGCGAGUCGUCCGCAAUUGGACAAUGGCGCUGCGCUUGGUAUAUUCCAAAUCCCAUGGCAGCGCAUCAUCCACGCCACGGAGACCCUAGCCGUAUCGCACGAGACCCUUGCGACGAAGAUCGAGGAAGACGUUGAACGGCCCCUGAGAGAAUACAACAGCAAGAAUCCUGAUAUGCAGUCAAUGCCCGGAAUCCAGAACAACCUGGCAGGACUAGUCAAGAACAUCGAUGCUGCGCAAAAGAAAGUGGACAAGGCCAAGGGCAAGGGCGCCAAGGGCGCGAGCCACCUGGCCAGUGCGAUUGCUGCUGCAGAAGAAAUGAAUCAACAAUGGGAAUCACGUGCUCCAUUCGUCUUCGAGCAGCUCCAGGCCGCUGAUGAAAGUCGGCUGAAUCAUCUGCGCGAUGUUCUUACCCAGCUGGAGACCCACGAGGUGGACCAGGUUGAGCGCGGCCGGCAAGCAGCCGAAAGCUGUUUGAACGUUCUUCUUAAUGUGGAGACAGCAGAUGAGAUCAAGACCUUUGCCACUAAAAUGGCCGGCAAUCGGGCGCCUUUAUCACCAGUGACUUCGCGGCGACAACUUUCCCAGGCAGAGACUCCUACUUUUCCAGCUGCGGCCACGACCCCUCCAGCUGCUGAGCCGCUCGCACCUCCUCCGCGCUUUCAAGACGAUGCAGCUAGUCAGCGGUCGGAGAGGUCGGAGACGCCAGCUUCAGCUCCAGCUCCAGCAACUGCCGCUGUCUACACACCACCAGCUCCAGAAGCGGUGCCUCGGCACACCCCUCUGGGUGGUCUGAGACGACUCGGUACAGUGAUGAACCGACGGAAGAGUGUUAUUGGACCGACAUCCGGAAGCUUUGACCGAAAGGCAGAGAAGAAGCAUCGCAGCCCGUUUGCACCCUUCAAAAGAUCCGAGUCCGCAAGGGAAAUGCAAAUCUCCGAAUCUCCGCCCUCGAUUUCGGAACGGCCAGGAACAUCGUUUACUGAGGACUCGUCCAUACGGAACCCUAGCGUAUCACAGGAUCACAACGUCACUGAUACUAUCACCCCUGCUCCAAUUUCCCAACCGGAACCAUCCACUGCAAAUGGCACCUCGCCAGAAGCUCAAGCUGGGCUUAUUAGCAAUGGCACCGGCCAGCCGCAUGUCGAUUCUGAAGGCUUCACUGAGCGACCCUCAACUGUGGAUGAGAUCACACGCGCCCAGAGAGAAGCAUCCGGCUUGGACGAGUCUGGUAUGAACUUGACAAUUCGUGAUCAGCCCAUCUUCGAAGAUGAGAGCCAAGCAAAGAAGGCGAUGGAUGAUAUGGCAAACACUCUUCGAAUGCGCGCUCCGCAGCCAGGAAUCAGACGGAAUGCAGGCACUAUUCGGGGCCGUCGAGACGUUCGAAACACAGUCUUUGUUCCGAAUUCCGGCACGGAUAUGAAUGCUACCGCUGCAACAGCAUCUGAUUUAUACGGCCCAUCCUCGCCUAUCAAGCAUACCCCGUCCCCAAGUACCGCAACCGAUGACCAUGCUAUGUCGGAUACCACAUCAGUUCGCUCUGGACACACUAUACCCGGCCCUGCGCCGAGCAUGCAUCCUGAGCUUCACGAGUCUGGCCUGAAUGCAUCCAUCAUCGAAACGGUCAACGCGUGGUUCUCAGAGGGCAGUGUGACCAAGUCGUUCGUUGUGGGAGAGCUUGCCCUUGCACACAACGCUGUGCUUGGCGCCCCCGUAGAAAACAUGCGCAUCCGUCUCGACAACUUCCCAGUUCUGGAAAAGGUAGCGGCCAAUCCACACUUCGUCCAUGAUGCCAGCAAGGAUGCCGCAGGCGAGACCCGUGGCGAGUACGAGAUCCAGCUAGGCAGCAUCUCACGGCCCAUGCCGACGGUCGCCUUUAAAUAUCAAGUGCAUCUGGACCCAACCGAUUCCUCUGCCUAUUGCCCGGUCAUCUUCAAGCCAGCCUGGAACCUGCAAGAGCAUCAAGCAAGCGCCAUCAUCUUCUACUCCCUCGACCCGUCCUUCACCUCGGCCCCUGUCGGCUCUAUCACUCUCAAGAACCUGGUUCUGACCGUCGGCCUAGACACCGCCGCCGAAGACGAGCUCACCAAGCAGCCGCGCGACUCCGUCGCCCACGCUACCACUGCUGUGAUGCAUCCCAACUCCGGCGCCACCUUCCGGCGCAAGACCUCCACUGUUACCUGGAAGAUCCCCGAGUUGGAGAUCAAGGCCCCCGGCUCUGCCGAGGACGGCAAGUUCCUCGUGCGCUUUGUCACGGCGACUCCCGGCCCGCGCAAGGGUAACGUUGAGGCGAAGUUCGAGCUGCACCAUACCGAGGCCGGUUCCCGACUGGGCAUCAGCCGUGCUAUAGCCGAUGCUGGUCAGAAGGAAGUCGACCCUUUCGCUGACGAGGGCAAGCCUGCCAUACCCGCCUCCUGGGAGGAAGUUCCGACGGUGCGCAAACUGGUUGGCGGGAAAUACGUCUCUGCCUAG